UUGGCGGCCAUCUCUCUUUGAAUCUGCGGCCAGGCCAGGCCAGGCCAGGCGGGGCUGCGUGUGGCGCGGGGCCCGCCAGGUGGCGCUGCCGAGCCCGCUCCCGCCUCGAGGCCUGCGCGCUUUUCCGGCCGCCGUUGCCGUUGCUGCAGCUCCUUCAGCGGCGGGGCCUUGGCCUCCGUCCUCGCUGCUUCCUCCCUCCGCCAUGGAGGCCGCUCACGACGCCUUCAGCAACCACAACAGCCCCGGCCGAGGCGCCUGCAUCGUGAUUGGAGAUGAUGAACAAGGCUACGAUCUUGACUUAUUCUGCAUCCCCAAACAUUACGCGGAUGACUUGGAAAAGGUCUACAUCCCACACGGUCUCAUUAUGGACAGGACGGAAAGGCUGGCGCGGGAGAUCAUGAAGGCCAUGGGAGGGCACCACAUUGUGGCCCUCUGCGUCCUGAAAGGCGGCUACAAAUUUUUCGCCGACUUGCUGGACUACAUCAAGGCCCUAAACCGGAACAGCGACAGGUCCAUCCCGAUGACGGUCGACUUCAUCCGGUUGAAGAGCUACUGUAACGACCAGUCGACGGGCGAAAUAAAGGUCAUCGGAGGGGACGACCUCUCGACCUUGACUGGGAAGAAUGUCUUGAUUGUAGAAGAUAUCAUUGACACUGGGAAGACCAUGAAAACCCUCCUCUCUCUGCUGCAGCAGUACAACCCAAAGAUGGUGAAGGUGGCCAGCUUGCUGGUGAAGCGGACGCCUCGAAGCGUCGGAUACCGGCCUGACUUUGUCGGAUUUGAAGUGCCAGACAAGUUUGUGGUGGGAUAUGCUCUAGAUUACAAUGAAUACUUCAGAGAUUUAAAUCACAUUUGCGUGAUAAGCGAGACUGGGAAGCAGAAGUACAAGGCGUGACAAGCACUGGUUUCUCCAGCCGACUUCCACAGCGUCCAUCUUCCAUGGCCUUUGGCUCUGGUCACCUGCUUCCCGUUGUGGCGUGGCCCCACCGUGUCAUUUUGCUUGCUCUAAUUUAUUGCGUGUACAGUAUGGGAACCGUGUCUUGCUCAUCCACCUCUGAGAAACAAACAGAGUGCAAUUGUUUGCCCCUUGCUUCCUUCCUUCUCUCUUUCCUCCCUUCUAUACAUCCUUCCUCUCUCUCUCCUUCCUUCUUCUCCUUCCUUCUCUUCUUCUCUUAUUUUUAAAAGGAUUUGCACUAAAUGAGGCUCCCGGUUCUCACUCCUUCCCUUUUGAGAAAUUUGCUCCAAGUUUAGCUCUCCAAGGCAUCCUCCCCCUUUCUUUCAACCUCUUCAGCUCAGAACUGAAAUCAUUAUAUAAGUACUGUAAAUGUAUAAGGCAUUUUAAGAUGGGAGAAUCUAUAUUAGUAAUAUUUUUGUAAGGAAAAAAAAAACACAAGUAAUUUAAGUUUUAUAUAUUGCAAUGAAUGCAGAAAUGGGGGGUGAAUAUAGGAUGGCUGCCAAGUCCUUUGAAAGAGGGAGCCGCUGUGGUUUUGAAGGGAGCCUGGACACUGUUCCGCUCAAUGGCUUUCCCAGGAGUUGCCUUACUUGCCUCUUAAGAAUUUUGAGUAUAUAUCGAAAGAGCAAGUGACGAAACAGAAUGUUUUCCAAGCAGCUACCAAGCUUUAGGAAUAAUAAUGACACAGUGCACUCCCUCAAAUCCUAUAAACGGAAACGGGCAUUAGUUCCCCACUUUGGCGGAUUGUGUCUUAAGUGUCGCCUCCUUCCCUGCCUCCGUCAGCUUUAGCAGAGUUGCCUUUCACAUCCAAGAACCACCUUUCUGUGUGAAAAAAUGAUUGUACCGUCGUACGAAGUGCACCGAAACCAACGCACUUUAACAAUAAAGCCUGUCUCUCCAAAGGUUUGCACUUGA